AUGGCUCAAGAGAGUGGAACUGUGCACACGAUAUCCCACACCAAUUGUGUUCCUGAGGCUGGUGAUCCAGCGAGACUUGUCGCGACCAUCUUCUACAACUCGAGCGCGCCACGACAUCCUCAUAUCCAUCCAGAUCAAUCGCCUCCCGCCAAACCUACAGAUCCAAUUCCGGUCCCAGAGAUUGCUGAAGGCUCCGCACCGACUACGAGCAUUUCAGAGUAUCCCCUCGAACCUCCUCCACCUGAGCCUGAACCUCUCGAUCAUCUGUACGGUGCCUACAUAUCACAGUUAUGCUUGACACAUUUCCUGUCUACGCUUGACAGCCUCCUGGUGCACAAUGUUCCGGACGAGAGGCAGUUGACUUCUUCACACCGAUGCCUUGCCCCUGAUCCGUUCAAACCAAGAGUCAUGGAGGUCACUUUUAGCCCUCCACCAAAUCCCGAGUACUUACCAUUUCCCCUCGUCUCCAAGCACGAAUCGAUCUACAAAUUCGAGAGAGAGUGGAAUUGCGAGGUCAUUAUACAGCCCUCUAAUGUCUACCGCCGACACAAGCGCCUGUGUGUAUUCGACAUGGACUCGACCCUCAUCUGCCAGGAAGUAAUUGACGAGAUCGCCGCGUUUGUUGGGGUCAAAAAGGAAGUCGCUGCCAUCACUGAGCGCGCCAUGAACGGAGAGCUCGAUUUUGCGGCAUCACUCAAGGCAAGAGUGGCACUGCUAAAGGGUGUGCCAAGUGACGUGUUUGAACGGCUCAAGCCCAAAAUUGUCAUCACUCCGGGCGCAAAGGAGUUAUGCAAAUGCUUGAAACGACUUGGCUUCACCCUUGCUGUUUUCAGUGGUGGAUUCCAACCCCUUGCGAACUGGCUUGCGGGUGAAUUGGGGCUCGACCACGCAUUCGCGAACCACCUUGCCGUGGAUCCAGAUUCCAGUACGCUGACCGGAGAACUCGAGUCUUCGCACCCAAUAGUCGAUUCUCAACACAAGCAGAACCUGUUGAUAAGUUUAGCAAACAAUAAAGGGAUUCCACUUGUUCAGACAAUGGCUGUGGGAGACGGCGCUAACGAUAUUCCCAUGCUCAAGACAGCAGGCCUCGGUGUCGCAUGGAGAGCCAAAUCCAAGGUCCAGAUGGAGGCCCCAGCACGACUGAACAUUGGCGAGAGUAUGCUCGACUUGGCCUACUUGUUGGGUUUGUCGAAGGAAGAAAUCGAUCAGCUGUUGCAGGAUUAG